AUGCUGCAUUCAGACUCUCACGCAAAGCUCAUCCGAGCAGGGUUCAUUCGUCAGGCCCAUCCAGGUAUCUUCCAUAUGCUACCUCUGGGACGAAGAGUGCAAGACAAAUUGGAAGCUCUUGUCGACAAGUACAUGUUCAAGCUGGGCGCUUCGAAGCUAGCAUUGUCCUCGAUAUCAUCCGAAGAACUGUGGACAAAGAGCGGGCGCUUGGAGAAAGCCGGCUCCGAACUCUUUCACUUCUCCGACAGGAAGAAUACCAAGUAUCUCCUUUCCCCAACCCACGAAGAGGAGAUAACUACUUUGGUAUCAAGCUUGGUGUUGUCGUACGAGCAACUUCCUGUCCGUCUCUAUCAAACAUCGCGCAAAUAUCGGGACGAGCUAAGACCGAGGCAUGGGCUUCUACGUGCUAGGGAAUUCAUAAUGAAGGACCUCUACACGUUCGAUUAUAAUUCGUCGCGAGCUUUAGAAACAUAUCACGAGGUUCGAGAAAUAUACACUCGCCUGUUUGACGAACUCAAAUUGCACUACUUGGUCGCUGAGGCCGACUCUGGCGAUAUAGGUGGAGACCUGAGUCACGAAUUCCAUUUUCCAACUUCAAAGGGUGAGGAUAACGUCAUCAGUUGCUCUGCAUGCAAGUAUGUUGCCAAUGAAGAGCUCGCAGAAAGCCCGGUAUCCAAGCGAAUUAAGCCAAGUCAGGAAACCUCCGACUUUAAGUUACUAGAUUUGCGGACGCGGCGCCAGGUACCUCAGAAUAGGCCUGGUCUUAUCAACAUCAUUUAUUCCCGGAAGAAUAUACUGACAGAAGACGCCACCACUAUUAUGGAUAUUCGUACAUGGCGUGGUAUAUCUCGAGACAGGCGCACUCUCAUCGUUGUUUGGUAUAAAUCACCGAGCUCAUGGGAGGACCCUCCUACGGAUGGAUCUGAGGUCAAUACCCAUGCUAUAAGAGCAAUAUUACCAGACAUAGAUGCAUCUAUAGAGGAUCCAAUGAAGCUGUGGAAGCGCUACUUGCUGCCAUCUGAAUCAGAAGACCCGACGUUGCCGCCGCCACAACGGCUCGUGAACCUGAUCGAUUGCAGGCUACCUUCCGAAGUCCAAGAAUUCAUCAAAGCGAGUAACGAGCAAGGGCUUUGCCGGUUUCAAAUCCUACCCCCGGAUCUCCUACCCGAUACGGAAGGGCCUUCGAAGGAUAUACCAGUGGAAUUGGAAGAGCCUUUAAAAAAAAUACCAAUGGAAUUCUUCCAGGUAAACCCGACGACACAACAACCACUCAAUCUUCUCCGUAUUCAGGAGGGAGAUCCAUGCCCACGGUGUACCGAUGGCUCUCUCAAAGUCCAGAAAGCAAUCGAACUAGGCCACACUUUCCAUCUUGGAACACGAUACAGCAAGCCACUGGAAGCUACGAUCGUUGCCCCCGUCGAGAAGCCAAUCAGCGCCGACGAAUUCGCAAAAGAUGAAGACAACCACACCAACCCAAGCAAAGGCAGAAAACAAACAGCUCGUCAAGUACCAAUGCAGAUGGGCUGCCACGGCAUUGGCGUCUCUCGCAUCAUCGGCGCAGUGGCUGACACACUCGCAGACGACAAAGGUCUAAACUGGCCGCGAGCUAUGGCACCUUUCGAGGUACUGAUCGUACCAAGCAACACACGCAAUGAUAGCUCUGCGUUGGAGGUCUACGAUACUCUGGCCUUAGGUUCCUCGCUAGACCUCGUUCUCGACGAUCGCGACAAGAGUAUGGGUCUCAAGAUGGGCGAUGCAGACCUGAUCGGGUACCCGGUGAUCGUUAUCGUUGGCAGAGCUUGGCUGGCCGAGGGCAAGUUAGAGGUUCAGUGCCGCAGAUUGGACGUUAAGGAGAAAGUCCCCAUCGGUGAGCUGAAGGUGUACGUUGAGUCACUGCUCGCGCAGCUGUGA